CCGGGCAUUUGCCUACGUUUGGGCUAUAAAAAUUACUCUCACAGUAUGUUCGUUAUUUGUCAGUUGUUGGUCUAGAAAUUUUUUGUUUUCCGAUAUCGAAAGUUUUCCACUUUUUUUUUCCAUCUCUUUUAUCCCCGUUUUGGACAAUCAAAAUUCAAUGUUUGGUUAAAAAUCCCGAUCCCGCCGUUGGAGUGUACUAGUAAAGAAGGUGCUUGGUGGUUUUGGUGUCGCCGACACCUUCACUCAGAUCUUGUGAAUUAUGUAAGGAGAAGAAGAAGUAGCAUUGAGAGGCAACGCGCAAGCGCCGAUAGGCCACGGUCACGGUAUCAAAUUACAGCAAAAAACACCAACACCAACAGCAGCAGCAGCACCAGCAGCAGGAGGAGUAGCAGCAGCAGCAGCACAAGCACAGAAGGGGAACAGGAUUCGAAGGAUAGAAGAACGAGGACGAGGACAAGAACGUAAUAGGACAUCCAUCAAGAUGGCCAUCCAUGAGCAGAUUGAUAAUUUGAACAUUUGGUGGUUCCCUCGCGAUUUUUGCCAAUCGCGUUUCGGUGAAUUCCAACAGAGCGGCACCAAUUCAUGCACACUCAUCUCCCUCAUCCUGGCCGAUAAGGUCGCAAAGGCGGAACGUUUCUUUCAUCGUGUCGCCGAGUUGCCAUCGCAUGGCUGGGAUCUGUUUGGCAAUGCAAUUAACGAUGGCAACAAUGUCUACCACAAUGUGAUCACGGCCAAUACGCCGCAGGCGCGCAAUCUCAAUUUAAAUAUACCGGAUGCCAUAUCGGCCAUACGAUCGCAGCACAAGAUGAACUUUCGCCUAGAGGAGUGGUUCUACACGCACAUGGAGGCCGAUCCCACCAAUCCCAUGUACAAUCGGAAUGUGGCCUUACAGCUUUCACGCAUCUUUACGAUUACACUCCAGGUAUUCCAGCAGGCAGGCGGUCGUGGCGGUGAAUUGCCGCCGUCACAUCUAUUUGCCGCCAUUAUAGCUGACUGCCGCACCGUUAUGGUGACAUUUGAUUUUCGUGCCUCCAUUGUGGCACUCUUCGAUUCGCAUCAACAUGGACGCGAUGCGGGUGCCGUAUUUGCCCAAUGCACUAUCCAGAAUAUGGAUGACUUGAUCUUCUGGUUCAUCAGCAUGCUGCACAAUGUCUACUCAAGUCGUCCCUCGCUCUUUGAAAUCUCAUUUCUCAGCUCCCAGCCGGGUGUGGCGAAACGUAUACCGCCGGCCAUCAAAAAGAUCGCCGGCGAUAUCAAAAAGUCUAGCAAGUCUGUGGUCUAGAUUCCCCCAAAAUCCUUCAGAAGCUACCCUCACCCCCAUCCACCCCAGGUCGCCAGCUAGCCAGACUGUCCACAGGAUAUUAUCAAAAUUCGCAAGUUCAAAACGUUUCGAUUGAUUCAAGCAAAGAAAACAAAAUUCACAUUCCCCAAAUAUGUGUGCAAGAAUAUUUCAUUCCCUUGAGAAAUGAAUCCAACAGCAAAUUGCUACAAAUUCUAAAGUUUCAUAUAGACCAGCAAUCAAAUAAAUAACGAACCAUA